GACUUAGUACACAAGUUAUCUCCCUAUCCUAUACAUCUCUGACCAUCUCAUGGACAUUGGAGGGGACUUUGACAUCUACUGGCUACACCAUCUCCUACUCCAACAAUAACACUGAUUGUUUCACUGACUUCAGAAGUGGUAUAUCUACUAGUGCGACAUCACAUACACUGACUGGUGACUCAGUAUUUUAUCACACUCACUGCCACUCUGACUGGAGGAAGGACUGAACAAGAUAUCAUCACAGCCACAUCAACAACUGCUGCUCCGUCUGCCCCUCCCUCUUCUGUGAGGUUGUCAGUGGUCAGUUCCACUAGUAUCAACGUCAGGUGGGGGCCAAUGGACUGUAUCCAUCGGAAUGGAGAGAUUAUAGGCUACACAGUUAGGUAUGGGGAAGAGGUAGGUGGUCAGAGACACAGCUACCCCCCUGGAGACUCCAGUGGAGGAAUGAUCACACUCAGUGGACUUACUAAACAGGCAGUCUACACAGUUGGAGUGGUAGCAAGGACCAGUGCUGGUACUGGAGUCUACAGCCAACCACGGAAUAUCGAGACUCCUGAU